AUGAGGCCUACGAUUGGUUGGAGUUCUUCGCUGGCCAUGCGGCUUGGCUUCGCUCGCUUGCAGGGAUUCAAGGGAUGCAAAUUUGAUUUGAAAUACAACUCAAACAACAGGGUGCCUCCUCGGAAGAGUAACUACAUGGAUGUUAAUAGCCCAAGUGGGUUCGUGUUAUGCAUCAUCUUCCUGCUAAAGGGUCGGGCCCACGACUUCCUAUCUUGGUUUGGCAUCAAGUGUUCCAGCUGGACCCAAAUGAAUGUUGGGACCUCCUCCAGGGUAUCCCGUGUGCACUGGUCGAUGGGUGCUUUUGGUGGAGAGACAGCCAAGCCGCAGUAUGCAUACAGCAAUUCACCAGCCAUCCGGAAGUUAUACCAUUUUCGCCCAACAGCCAACAAGGUCAAGAAGGUUCAUACAAAGGUCGAGACGUGUAGGACGUACAAGAACCGAGACGGUAAAGACUGCUAUGUGGGGACUAAACAUCUGAAAGACACAGAGAUCUACCCGGACUACUUUGCCUCCACCAUUUCGGUCUUGAUCGAUGACCUGAAAGCUGCGCAGCGUGGGACCCCUGAGGUUCCAGAUCCAGUGCCACCUGCCUUGGAAUCCUUUCAAGAUUUAAAUUCGGGGAAAGGGUCCGACUUGUUUGAAUUUGCUGACCUAGAGUCAGCUUUUCGAUAUUUGAGAAAAGGGCACAGUCUGAGAAUUCCCGAAGGUUGGGCCCACCAUGUGCCAAAAUCUAUUUAG